AUGUCUACAAAACCGAUCCGUGUAUGGCUCGCGCCACCCGGGCCAAAUCCCUGGAAAGUGAUUUUCGUCCUGGAGGAACUGCAAAUCCCCUACGAGAUCCAGUCGAUCAAGUUCCAGGACAUCAAAGCCAAGCCUUUGAUCGACCUCAACCCCAACGGUCGCGUUCCCGCCAUCGAGGACCCCAAUACCGGCCUCGUGCUGUGGGAAACCGGGGCUAUACUCUUGUACCUCGUCGAGCAGUAUGAUGUAGAAAAGAAGCUUACGUACGGGGGUGUGAAAGAGAAGAACCACGUUACGCAGUGGUUGAUGUUCCAGGUCAGUGGUCAGGGCCCGUACUACGGACAAGCAACCUGGUUCCACGUGCUUCACAGCGAGAAGCUCCCCUCAGUAAUCACUCGCUACGUCGAGGAAGCAAAACGUGUCUGCGGCGUCCUCGAGCAGGGUUUGACCGACAAAAAAUGGCUCGUGGGCGACAAGAUGACGAUUGCAGACCUUUCGUUCGUCCCCUGGAACGAUCGCCUGGACGUGGUUUUGAUGUGCGCUGAAGAAUCCAAGUUCGAGGGCUUCCCUAAAGUUAAGGCUUGGCAUGAAAGCAUGAUCGAGAGGCCGUCGUGGAAGAAGGCUAUGGAGAUUAGAGCGAGACUCAUGGACGAACAGGGGUUGAUGUGGAAUGGGAUGCCUAAGGAUGUUUCCAAUAUGGAGGAAUACCAGGCUAAGAUCAAGGCAGAGAAGGAGGCGGAGGCAUCUACAUAA